AUGGGCGAGGCCCGGCUGCCCCAGCUCCCUGGAUGCCGACCCCAAGGGGACCGCCUCCCUGCCACCCAGACCUCGGAGCGAGGCCGGGCCUGUUCGGGGCUGGCCUUGCAUGGCGCUGGCUCUGAGCACGUCCGGAAGAGCAAGGCCCGACCUGAGUCCGCCUCCCUUCCUCCCAGGGACGGGGAGAGGCGGCCAGCGGAGCAGGGGCGGCGGCGGCGACGCUCCCAGCCGAGGACGGAGCGGCGUCCAGGGUCCGGGGGUGGAAACGCUCCCUCUGAGCGCCAGCGCGGGGGACCUCACCCCGUCCCGCUGCCUGGUCCUCCUGCCCGGGCCUGCCCCUGUGACGACGACAGACCGCGGUGGCGUCCCCUGCAGCACACGGCAGUGACAGCCACCAUGUCAGCACCCCCCCCAACCCUGCUCCAGCCUGUCCCGGCUCAGGCCGGAAGCCGUGCAGUGGCUCCGGUUAGGGGCUGGUUUCCGCGGCCGCCCCCAACCCCGCCCCCGCCCCGGGGAGCUGUCCACCGGCAGGGUGCUGACGAGACCCGCCGGAAGGCCCAGACCACAGGACACAGCCGUCCAUCCACGCAGCCUCGCGUCCGAACACGCGGCACAGCGCCUCUGCCGAGACUCGCCGUGGGCUCGCUCUACGCACUGCGCCUCUCUCGAUCGGAAGCAACGCCGCCCGGAGGACCGGGGCCGGGGCCCCGUCGGGCACCUCCCGGAAUCGGCACUGCCCAGCUCACACCGCCGGCUGAGACUUUAUCCCUGAAACCGGAGCUGCUGGCCAACUAA